CUGCUACCGACUAUCGCUACAAGGUGGGGAAGGAAAGUUCAUUAAAAAAAAAGCAAUUUUGUAUUUUCCAACGACGUGGAAAACAAUAAUGGGAUUGCGUAGUGAAAUAUUGAUACAUCCACCCAGAGGAGGGAAGCAUGUCACUGGAGGAACUAUUAGAGGAAUGGUCAAAUUUCAUUUGGACAAAGACACGGACUUCAAGAAGAUAAGUAUAGCUCUAAUCCAGAAAGGUCAUGUUCAGUGGUACGAAUUUGCAACGAAGUCAUCGGUCAAUCCUCGGAGGACAGUGGGCAAUAGAUAUGUGUACGAAGGCAGAGAAGAAGUCACUCUCACGAAAGUUUACUUUUUAAACAAAGAAAUAGACGAGAAGUGUGACACUAGCACGUUAAAAGCCGGAUCGUAUGAACACCAAUUUGAAAUCGAAUUACCAGAAGAGGUUCCAGCUUCAAUCAGCACAGAUAUUGGUGAAAUUAAUUAUAGCAUAGUACUUAAAUUCAAAAAGCCUUCAGUGUUUAGUUUUAACAAAGUAUUUAGGACACCAGUCACCAUUUAUCCUAGAUUGGAUCCCACAAUCCCUGAUCAACCAGUCACGGUAAGUCUAGAAAAAUCUCUCUUCAAAUUAUUUUCUUCAAAAAAACAUGAAAUUAAACUUAAAGCUGAACUCGACAGAGGCUAUUUGAUACCUGGUGGUGAAGGUAAAAUAUCAUUUAGUGUUAUAAACAACAGUGACGUAAUUUUCUCUGUUAAAACGGAACUCGUUUCAAAAACAAAGUAUAGAGAUCGAUUUAUGGUUGAGAAAAUUGUUAGGGACAAUCCGAAGAUAGAGAGAAAAGUGAUUCGUGCUUGUACGGUGGAGACUCCAAGCAUACCUGAACGCAGUGUGUCCUCUGAUAUGUACAACAUAAUACCCGUAACAACAGAUUUAUGUACAGUGAGACACUCAGAACUAAUAUCGAGAGAAUUUAAACUAAAGGUUACUUUGAACUUGCCAAUGCCUCACAAAAAUUCGUGCGUCGACAUUCCUGUAUUUAUUGGAGAACAGCCUCAUUUGCCUAAUGAGCUAGAAGCCGGUUUUGGUGAGCCCAUGGAAGCCCCUCCGUCCUACUGGGAAGUAAUGACCGAAGAAAUGUCUAAAUAAUAAACUUCGUUUAAC